GACAGGUGUCCCCGAACAAGUGUUGCCUAAAGCUAAUGGCAGCGGUGAAGAGGACGUGGGAGGAAACUGUGUCCAUAAAGGCUGCUGAGCCUGACCGGUUACAUUGACUGCUCGCCCAGCUCCAGUUCUGAUACUACCAUCGCUGCUCUCCAUCAACGUACCUCCACCCUGUCGCAGGCCUGAAAACUUCUCCCCCUGCCACCCAAAGGUCCUUCACUCUCCCACUGCUCUUAGCACCCAGUUCCCCAACUGUAAAUCCCAGAGAGUGGAGGCAGAGCAGCCGUAAAAUAAGAUCCAGGUUCACCAAAAUCUGUGACACAGUGUGUGACUUCCAUUCUCCACUCAUUUAUUCCUUUGUCACCCAAUUGAACAAACUCCAACUUUAAAUGUUCUCCAAAGAUAUUUGUUGAAGCUGAUGCUGAGCACCGUACUAGUUAUUUAUUUAUGUGUUUAUUUGUUUAUUGUUGAACUUUUGACUCUCUCUGCUCCGCACUGUUCCCAUUACAGCGGCCAUGUGUCCUACAGUUUAUGCUGGUUUUUCUAAUAAAUAUCGAAUUUGAAGUUUUAUUUUAUUGUUUUAUCAUCAUCAUAAAACACAAUAAAAAAAAAUUAUCACAAAAAAAAUAUAUUAUAGAUAUAAUAAGAGUUUAUGUACAUUAGAAUACAAUAAAUGACAAGAUAGAAAUAAGACAUGGGAAUAGGUAUACUACAGUAUAUGACUUAACUAAAUUGUAAUAAUUUGUACUGAUAAAUUAAUGUUGAGAGCUGAAUCCUUUACAAAUGCAGUAUAGUGACAGAAUAAACUAGUAUUUCACCUUAUUGCCAGUUUAAUGACAGUGAUUUGAUUGAUCACUAUAUUAUAUUAUAUUACUAUAGAUAUUAUUUUGGCAUUGUGUAUUAGAAAUUGAAUAGUUGUAUUACAUUAUAAUACUUUUAUAAUGCUCUAUAAUCACUGUUGUGGUGCACCAGACAUUAUAGAAAGAGAUUUUCUUUUAGAUAGCCACUACAUCAGCAAUAUUCAUCGUCUGUAAUAACAAUCUAGUUCCUGCGUCUCUGUUUCAUCCACACUCAGCACAUCAGUAAAGAUAAUAAAAUACUGAUGACUACAUGAGAUUGAACUUUUAGUUUCACCUUCAGUGGGCUAUGUGAACUAUUCAAGUGAAGUGGAGCAUUAUGUUGCCUCGCCCUACAUACAUCCAGAUAACCGCUCAUGUUCAGGUUUCUCACAGCUUUCAUUGAUGCCAAAUGACACUUGAGCACUGAUAAGCCUACUGGAAUUAUGUAGUAUUUAUCUAUGCGUAUUUACUUCCUUGUAGAUUUAGCCUGAGAAACAGACCGGCAGAGUGUAUUAAGCACAGGUUUGUGACCUGAAACCUUCCAUUUAAAAACAAGCUAUAAAUAAUCCAAAGCACAGCCUCAUAAUGAAAAGUUAAUGAGCAGAGGACCAAGAUGUUCACAUGCCAUGUAGGCAGACAUGAUCUUGAAUGCUAGUAUAAUUGGUCUGUGAUGAUCAGCUUGCGUAUAUAUGUGUAUAUAAAUGUUAUGAAGCAAUAUCCCAAGGCAAAUUCCUUGUGUUUGAAAACCUCCUUGCCAAUGGACAUGCAAUGGUUUCUGUUACUUUGUUAAACAGACCAGACCUGCAUCCUGUGACAACUAUGAACAUGUCCAGUGCGUAACGUGCAUUGAGUGCGGCCCCAUGGCACCUCACAUUGAUUGCAAGAUUUCAAGAACUUAAAUACACAGGAAAGAAUUAGGACUUAAGAUUAGAGACAUUUUAGAGCUCCAUCUAAAUUUCUCAAAUUAGGCUUUGUAGAGGUCUCAUGUCUUUUUCAGGGGAGCUGAGUUCCCUGUAUAUAUUUCAAACCUUAUCUAAGAUAAGACCACAAUAUACAGCCAUAUAUGAUUCGAGCGUUUUAAUGGACCCUAAACCUAAACUAAAUUAUAAUUCAUUUGAAAGCCUUGUUCUUAGUCUUUCUCACCCAAACUGGAAAACACUGCAGCCAGUUCUUUUUGUUAUAGUGUACCGCGCUCCUGGACCGUACUCUGAUUUUAUAUCUGAAUUCUCAGAGUUUCUAUCAAGUUUAGUCCUUAAAUCAGAUAAAGUAAUUAUUGUAGGUGAUUUUAAUAUUCAUGUGGAUGUUAACAAUGACAGCCUUAGUAACGCAUUUAUAUCAUUAAUAGACUCAAUUGGCUUCUGUCAGAAUGUAAAUAAACCAACUCAUUGUUUUAAUCACACUCUUGACCUUGUUCUAUCAUGUGGCAUUGAUAUUGAACAUUUAAUAGUCUUCCCACAUAAUCCUUUCCUAUCUGACCAUUAUUUAAUAACUUUUGAAUUCAUGUUGUUAGAUUAUAAGCCAUUAGGCAACUCUAUCGCUCCUAUAAAAAGGAAAUUAUUAAAACAUAGGAGACUAGCACCUUGGUAUAACCACCAAACCCACCAGUUAAAACAAAUAGCUAGGAAAUCUGAAAGGAAAUGGCGCUCUAACAAAUUAUCAGAAUAUCGCUCAAAUUGGCAAGAUAAUCUUAAAAUUUAUAGAAAGGCCCUCCGUAAUGCCAGAGGAGCCUAUUACUCAGCACUAAUAGAAGAAAAUAAGAAUAACCCUAGGUUCCUCUUCAGCACUGUAGCCAGGCUGACAGAGAGUCACAGCUCUAUUGAGCCACAUAUCCCCAUAAACUUAAGUAGCAAUGACUUCAUGAGCUUCUUCUAUAAUAAAAUUAUUACUAUUAGAGAAAAAAUUAAUCACCAACUGCCAUCAACAGUUAUCAGUGGCUCUCCAAGUUCAGGGACUUCUGUCAAUGUAAACUUAGAUAUAUAUUUAGACUGUUUUUCUGCUAUCGAUCUUCAUCAGUUAACUUCAAUCAUUUCUUCAUCGAAGCCAUCAACCUGUCUAUUAGACCCGAUCCCAACUAGGCUGCUUAAAGAAGUUGUUCCCUUAAUUGGCACUUCUUUACUGGAUAUGAUUAAUCUUUCUUUAUUAUCAGGAUAUGUACCACAGUCCUUUAAAGUAGCUGUAAUUAAACCCCUUCUUAAAAAGCCCACUCUUGACCCAGGGGUUUUAGCCAACUAUAGACCGAUUUCUAACCUCCCCUUCCUCUCUAAGAUUCUGGAGAAAGUAGUCGCCAAAGAGUUGUGUGACUUUCUACAUAACAAUAGUUUAUUUGAGGAUUUUCAGUCAGGAUUUAGAGUUCAUCACAGCACAGAGACAGCUCUGGUUAAAGUUAAUAAUGACCUUCUGACUGCUUCUGACAAUGGACUUGUCUCUGUACUUGUAUUAUUAGAUCUUAGUGCUGCAUUUGACACCAUUGACCAUGAUAUUCUUUUACAGAGACUUGAGCAUCAAAUUGGCAUUAAAGGAACCGCACUAAGCUGGUUUAAGUCAUAUUUAUCAGAUCGCUCGCAGUUUGUACAUGUAAACGAUGAAUCUUCAAUAAAUACUACAGUUAGUCAUGGAGUUCCACAAGGUUCUGUACUUGGACCAAUACUAUUUACUUUAUAUAUGCUCCCUUUAGGCAACAUUAUUAGGAAUCACUCCAUUAACUUUCACUGUUAUGCAGAUGAUAGGCAGUUAUAUCUAGCAAUCAAACCCAAUGAAAUUAAUCAAUUAUCUAAAUUACAAACAUGUCUUAAGGACAUAAAAUCCUGGAUGACUUGAAAAAAAACGAAAUUCUUGUUCUUGGCCCCAAAAACCUUAGAGACUCACUGUCAAAAGAUAUAGUUACUCUAGAUGGCAUUAACUUGGCCUCUAGCACCACUGUCAGGAAUCUUGGAGUUAUCUUUGAUCAGGAUUUGUCAUUUAACUCCCACAUAAAGCAGACCUCUAGGACUGCCUUCUUUCACCUACGUAAUAUUAGAAAAAUUAGACACAUACUAUCACAGACAGAUGCAGAAAAACUAAUCCAUGCAUUUGUUACUUCAAGGCUGGAUUACUGCAACUCUUUAUUAUCAGGUUGCCCCAAUAAGUCCAUUAAAACGCUCCAAUUAAUUCAGAACGCUGCAGCACGAGUACUGACAGGAACUAGAAAAAGAGAUCACAUCUCUCCUGUACUAGCUUCUCUACAUUGGCUCCCUGUAAAAUGUAGAAUAUAAUUUAAAAUCCUCCUCCUCACCUAUAAAGCUCUUCAUGGUCAGGCCCCUUCAUAUCUUAAAGAGCUCAUAGUACCCUAUUACCCCACUAGAACACUACGUUCUCUGAAUGCUGGGCUACUUGUGGUUCCUAUAGUCUCUAAAAGUAGAACAGGAGCCAGAGCCUUCAGUUACCAAGCUCCUCUCCUGUGGAACCAGCUUCCAUUUGUGGUUCGGGAGGCAGACACC